UACGUCCGUUAGGUAAAAAAGUUUGGUAUUGGUAACAAAAUAAAUGCCAAAUUCGGAAACUCCUUUUUAAACGUGGGAGGGACCGCUUCUUCACGGGCCGUUUCACCACCAUCACGAAACAGCUACCAAUUGUAUAUUUCAUGACAUACUAUUCCUAUUUAACUUUAAUAUGGAAUUUACUUGUGGAGAGAAAACAGAAAUAAAACAUUAUGAAUUAAUCCAUUUUCCGGAUUAAUUUGUUAAUUAUGAUCUGACUUAAUAAUCAUGUGCCAUUUUCAUAUAUCUUUAGUAAUAUUCUUGUAGAUUGACAUUUUAUCACUUCUUCGUGGAUAAUAAUUUAAAGACACCAAAUUCUUAAAUAUAGAAUGACAGAAGUUGGAAGUGGAGAUGAAGACGAGGACGUAGUCUUCGAGGGCAGCGAGCUUUAUGAUGCGUUGACAAAAAUGGGAUAUACGGAAUUUGAAUCUGCAGCGGUUACUAGAACUGAGAUUUCUGAAUCUUCGGAUGUCUUUCUUUCAGAAUCUGUGCCAUCUCUCGACCAAAGUAAAUCAAAAAGUUCACUUAAUGUAUUCCUUCAUAAGAUGCAGGACAGUGAUAUUUCGGAAAAACAAUUGAAAUUAAUUUUGCAAGCAGAUAUGUUGUUAGACGAUCAUGCAGCUCUGAUUCAAAGUUUUCUUAAGAAAAAUUGUCGAACUUUAUGGGAGACUAUUGUUCAGUGGCUACCUUCUACAUUAUCUACAACUGCAAGCAUAUUGUCGAUUAAGUGUAACAAUAUUAUAACUCUGACUCUUGGAUUUCCCGUAGCAAUUAUUUUUGCAUACCGCAUAUAUGAAAAAUAUUGUUCUUCAAAACAUUUAAAAAAUCUUAUUUCUGCACAAAAUGAACUGUUUCAUUUGUGUAAAAAUACUCUUAAGAUACUCCGAUAUCGAUACAGGAUGAAAAUGUUGCCAGCAAAGUUUGGACAAAAAUUUCUAGAAAUGGGAUCACAAAAAUUAAAAUAUCUCCAGCCUCUUAUGGAAACUGUUUUAAAAUCUAUGCAAGACGCAUCACGACUAUAUUAUCGAACUUCAUUGAUCAUUGGCAAAUUGCUUCCUACAACCAUUCCCAUUGAGUCACUAAUAACUAUAUUUGACAACAAAAAAUUUAUGAUAGUAGGGGAGGUUACUUACGAUGCACUCAAGCACUUGUACUAUGUUUACAUCCUUGCCCAGUCUGAUAUGCUAUAUACGUUAGCUACCGCAUACUAUAAAGACACCUGGCUAGAACAUGGCACUCUUCCAGAAGCGGCACUGUCUCAAAUAAUUUUAAAUGUUCAUCGACCGUUAAAAGGAUAUUGUACAAAAUUAUCCAAAAUCAUUAGAGCUUAUCGAUCAAACGAGGUAGAUCUCGUACGACGCCCAUACAGGGGUAUAGUAGUGCCAAAAUGGCAAGAUUUAUAUGUACAGUUGGAUUUAACUUUGCAAAAGAUACAACUGACAUAUCAGGGUCUUGCAUCAAUCCUCGAAAACAUUGACAUUUAUUCCGAGACUAAUAUAAAUGACAAGGAACUUACAGAAAUAAUAAUGAAAAAAUUAAAUGAAGUUUGUAAGGAAAUGGACACUGCAAGGAAUUUUACAGAAUUCAGUUCUUUAUUAUUAGCCAAAAUGCAACACACCCAGUCUAAGGAGAUUCAUAACGAAGAAAAUUUAUUUGAUAAAUCGAUUGCAGUAUCUGAAUUACCAACAUUCUACGAUGCCGAGCCUGAAGUUAUUGAUGAGGUUUUCGAGGAGUAUAUUAAUGAAGAGUACUUAAAACCUCUAUACCAAGAUAGUGAAUUCUCAUCGUUAAACUAUAAACUAGAUAAAUUAUUAGCGAAAAACCUUAUGAGUGAAUUGAAAGAAGUAUUAGUUGAAAAGCAUAGAGAGAUGUCCGAAAGAGAGUCCAAAGCAUUACAACGUAUGUACAACAGUAUUUCAAAGAAAUCCAGCCUGGAAUUACAAUGUAAUCAAAGUACGAAUACUUCAAGCAUGGAAGUACCAGUACCUCUUCCCAGAAAAAAACGAAUAUCUGUUAUUCAGGAAUCUGAAAAUAAUUUUAAUCAAUUCCCUGAAAGUGGGUUAGACAUUUGUGGCACACAGAAUUCUACAAUCUGCCAAGAAUUAAAACAGCCUCCCGUUCCACCGCCAUUGCCAAGAAAAAAUAUUUUCAGUACAAGCAAUAUUCAAGCAGAAGACGAUUUAGAUAUUCAUAAGGAAAAUAUUUCAAAAAUGUCUGCUGACCAUAUAGUGCAAUCUUCGCCAAAUUUUCCUUCUAUGUCAAAAAGUGAAGAAUUAGGUAGUUCUGAAAACCUGCAACAGCCCCCUUUGUCAUUUUAUCCCCCAAAACUAGGUACGACUAAGGACGAUAUUCCUUGUUCUCCAUUUUCAAUUCCCGUUGAUAGAACAGGUUUGAGACCAUUCUUUCAAUUAUCCGAAGAGACUUUUGUAGGAAGUGGAGAAAACACGGAAAGUGUAUCAUUAAGUGAUAUAGAAGAAGAUGAUAUUCAUCAAUGAUAAUAUUUAUGACGUAUUGUAUCAAUACGAUUAAAGUCAAUGAAUAAAAGAUGCAAACAAUAGAUU